AUACAAUACGGUUAAAUAAAUUGUUAAAUAACUUAUUUUAGCAAAAUUUGCAUUUAUAUUUUUCAAAUAAUAAAUUUCCAAUGAGUUUACAAACAGUUAUGAUUACCGGUGCCAACCGGGGUAUCGGUCUCGAACUGGUCAGACAAUUGUUGGCCGAACCGAAUCCACCCAAACACCUGAUUGCUACCACUAGACCAACGGCCAACAGAGCCGAGUUGGACGCUUUGGCCGCACAACAUCAGAACCUACAUGUGCUGCAUAUGGAUAGCAAAUUAUACGACAGUUUUACGGCCUACACACCUACUGGUAUUGCCGCACAGGUACAGCAAAUAGUCGGUGCCCGUGGUUUGGAUACAUUGAUUAACAAUGCCGGUGUAUACAUCACGUCGCCGCUGGAUACCGUCACCGCCAACGAUAUGAUUGAAAACUUUGAAAUCAAUACUGUCUCACCAUUAAUGUUAACAAAAGCACUGUUACCACAACUAAAGGUAGCAUCUGCUGAACGCAAGACAGCAGUGAUAAACAUAUCGGCAUAUUUGGGUUCAAUAGAGUUGACUAAACCCAAACCCGAUGGCCAGUGGUUCAGUAGAUACCCGUAUCGGUGCAGCAAAGUUGCGCUCAAUAUGAUUAGCCAAUGUUUGUCUAUUGACCUCAAACGGGACAACAUAUAUGUGAUUAGUUUGCAUCCGGGACACUUGAAAACCGAUAUGGGGGGACACAGGGCACUAACUGAAGUGGCCGAUGGUUGCAAUGGGAUAAUCAAACAAAUCAAACUCAUUGAUGAUAGUAGUAAUGGUAGAUUAGUUAACUAUACGGGCGGUAUUUUACCAUGGUAA